ACAAAAUAAGAAGGGAUGCGUUGUCCUCGUAUCGACUCCGUUUUACCCUUUCCUCGCCUGACGCCGGAGAGCGGAAGGUCGCACGGAUUGGUCCUUGUCGCCGACUGCUCGGUCUCUGAAUCCAGUGAUCGAAGAUGUCAUCUCUUGCAGCUGCUAGAGCAGAUAAUUUUUACUACCCACCAGAAUGGGAACCAAAAAAGGGUUCCUUGAACAAGUUUCAGGGACAACAUCCUUUGAGGGAAAGAGCCAGAAAGUUAGACCAAGGCAUACUAAUUAUAAGGUUCGAGAUGCCCUUCAAUAUCUGGUGUGGUGGAUGCAAUUCGAUGAUUGCCAAAGGUGUAAGGUUUAAUGCAGAGAAAAAGCAAGUGGGAAACUAUUAUUCGACGAAGAUAUGGAGCUUUACCAUGAAGUCAGCUUGUUGCAAGCAUGAAAUAGUGAUACAGACGGACCCAAAGAACUGUGAAUAUGUCAUAAUCAGUGGGGCUCAACGCAAGAUGGAGGAUUAUGAUAUAGAGGAUGCGGAGACAUUUGCCCUUCCAGCCGACGAAGUUAUGUGCUUCUUUUUUUUUUUUUUCUUCAUUCUACCUGGCUAGUACAACAGUGUCGGUCAGUAGGUUUCGCAUCUAAUUUUUUUCCAUUACAGAGUUCUUGUAUCUCAUUGAAUGGCAUUGUUGCAGAAAGAGGCAAGCUGGCUGAUCCCUUUUACCGUCUCGAACAUCAAGAAGAAGAUCUGAGAAAGAAGAAGGAAGUCGAGCCGUUGCUGGUUCGUCUUGAGAGAGUCUCAGACAGUCGGCAUGCUGACGAUUAUAGCCUAAACAGAGCCCUUCGAGCUCGUCUUAGAAACCAAAAGAGAAGGGUCGAGGAAGAAGAGGGGGUAUCGAGGAGGAUGGGCCUUGGCAUCCGGCUUCUCCCCCCCUCAGAAGAAGAUGCAGCAGUAACGGCUGCGGUUAGAUUUGCCUCGAAAUUUGAUAGGAACAGAAAGAACAAGCGGGCAGCAAUUAUGGCUUCCUCCAUCUUUCCAGACUCAUCGGCAUCUGCAUCUGCAUCGGGAAGUAAAAGAUCAGAGCUGGAAUCAAAGAGAAGAAAAAUAAAAGCAACCGCAGCAUCUGCAUCAUUGGCCGGAAGAGUCAAGCCUUUGUCGUGGCAACACAGCGCAGGGUUCGUAAAGCACUAACACAGAAAGGAUGCCAAUGGUUUGGUAGAAGAUUGCAGUUACCCACGUACAUAAAGUAUUUUGGCCAUUCGUGCUUGGCAGUGGUAUGUGAGAACAUACGGAAUGCAUGCUUUGUUUUCUCAACCUCCAUCUGCCUGUCGUAAUGACCUGAAAACACCAAGGAGGUAUCUUUUUUGAGUAGUACAAACAGAUUGAUCUUUUUUGGUUUUUGGGUCUUAUGGAACAAGGUUUGGGCUUCAACAAUGAAAAUAACUGUUUCACA